ACAACACGUAUCUCAUGAUCAGAGUGACUAUCAAAUGAGACACAGAGAAGACGAGCGUAAGCUGGUCCUGCUGUUGGGGAGCUGCCAUGCUGAGGAGAAGCAGGGACGGCCGAGCUCGGCUUCUGACCUGGAGCGAAACACCGCAACACACCGAUGCCGUGGCAGUGAUCCAGAAGAUGGACAGAGCAGAAUGGGAAAGCCGCAUGAUGGCACAGGUUAACAGUGAUUCAGAACAUGAGGUGGAUUACCUGACGAGUUCGCCGGAUGUUUCUGGCGUGGCAGAUGAGUCUUUCUGCCUUUGCCACCUUCAGGAAGCGCUGAGUCCAGCGGAUGGGCUGCUGGACUUUGACCCCAUCAGAGACUGCCUCUGUGGGGAGGAAGAUCAGGGUUUUGAGUGGGUGUGGGAUGAGAACCACAGGUCUAUUGGAACCUUCCUCAGCUGUGACAACAGGAAAGUCAGCUUUCACUCGGAUUACAGCUGUGGCACAGCGGCUAUUCGAGGUACCAAGGAGCUUUCAGAUGGUCAACACUUUUGGGAAGUGAAGAUGACCUCUCCUGUCUAUGGAACUGACAUGAUGGUGGGAAUUGGAAGCUCUGAUGUGAACCUGGAGAAAUUCAAAUACAGCUUUAUGAGCCUGCUGGGUCAUGAUGAGGACAGUUGGGGUCUCUCCUACACAGGUCUCUUCCAUCAUAAAGGGGACAAGUCUAAAUUCUCCUCCAGGUUUGGUCAUGGUUCUGUUAUAGGAGUACACCUAGACACUUGGCAUGGCACCUUAACUUUCUACAAGAACCGUUGUUUUAUAGGUGUCGCUGCUACUGGUCUGGAGAACAAGAAGUUCUACCCCAUGGUGUGCUCCACAGCAGCCAGGAGCAGCAUGAAGGUGAUCCGCUCCUGUUACACACCAACGACCCUGCAGUAUCUUUGCUGUGUCCAAGUCCAACGAGUGUUGCCCCACUGUCCAGAUGUACUCGACGUCUUGAAGCUUCCCCCAGGCCUGCACAACUUUCUCCGAGCACGGCUAGGCUGGAUCUUCAGUCUCAGCAGCACCAGUGGAGAUUUGGAGCACAGCAGGAACAUGUCUGAGGAUUUGCACGAAGAGACGAGUCUGUCUUUAAGGCCUGUCCCCUGCCCAGAACGCACCCUCAGUGCCUACACCUCCCCAGACCUCUGCCCCUGUCCGUUCCUCGAUACAGUCCAACACCAGUGCUGCUGUCAAACCUCAACACAGGUUCAGCCCUGUACCUGCCACUGCCACAGUGACUAUGACAGCUGCUCCUCUGAGCCAGAAGACUACCAGUGCAAAAGGUGUCGCUGGAUUUGACUCUGUAGUUGUAGACGUA